UUACCUUCUUCUGUAGUAAGAAAAAUUAAAAUUUGUAUUACUUAAACUAAGUCUUAUUUGUAGAAAACGUCUGAUUCAUUUUUGAAAAGAAGAUUUGAGUUUAACAGUAAUUACCAUGAAGAAGAUGAAGCUUUAUCUCAACCUUUCAAAACUUUGCGAAGAGAUGAAGGAGAAACAUGUGAUGAAGGACAAGCUCAAUAUUCAGGACCUUCUAAUCAACAAAAACCAGAAACCUCUUCUGUUCCAGAUACAAGCACUAUGUCACAUUUAACAAAUACUGCUAAUAAUAAAGAACUUUCUACUCGGAAAUUACAGAAUAGUAAUUGUCAACCUAUAGGAAAUGUAAAUUUCACUAUGACUUUGCCAUUUCGAGAAGAAAAAUAUUUUAAAAAUUCAUCUCCCAAUAAAAAUAAAUGUAAUAAAUGUAAAGAAAUGUUGUUGUUGGCCAGAAGAGAUUCAGACGGUAGUCCUCCAUGCACGAAUGCUUUUUCUAAUAAAAAACUUUCAAAAACCAAAGUUGAUCUAAAUAAAACUAAUGACAAAAUUGUAAAUUUUUUUAAUAAAAAACCUAAAAUGUAUUGUGAAUAUGAACAAAAGCAUGCAGAAGGUACUACAGUGCAGAUCAAGGAGUUUAAAUGUACAGUGCAGACAGAAGAGUUUAAAGCUCCAUUGCAAGAAGUCAGUAUAGAAAAGCAUCCAAAAGAAAAAACAGAAUCUAAUAUUCCUUCUAAACCUUUGGUUGAUGAGCCCUUAUUGAGGAGAAAAAGAUGCAAAUUAAUCCCUUUUAGUAUGGAUUUAUUGAAAAAAGAAUUACAAAAUAAAGGUAGCUUAUGUUCAGAUACAACAGAGUUUUCAUACAGAAAAUUCCGUUCUAAAAUUCUUCCUACAGAAAAUAGCAAUGCUGAAGAAGAGCUAAAUCGAGAAAUAAACAAAGAGGACUUUUCUCGAAUGGAAAUAAUAGGCCAGUUUAAUCUUGGCUUUAUCAUUACUCAACUGAAUAAUGAUCUCUUUAUUAUUGACCAACAUGCUACAGAUGAGAAGUAUAAUUUUGAAAGUUUGCAGAAGGAAACAGUGCUUGAAACUCAGAAAUUGUUCAACCCCUUAAAUUUAAAUUUAACAGCAGCUUCAGAAGCCACUUUAAUGGAUAAUCUGCAUAUAUUUGAGAAAAAUGGCUUUAAGUUCAACAUAGACGAAGAUAAUUCAUCUGGAAAUAAAAUUCAACUAGUGUCUGUUCCAAUGAGUAAAAACUGGAGUUUUGGUAAAGAAGAUGUGGAUGAAAUGAUAUUUAUGCUCACAGAUAACCCAUCUUGUAUGGUUCGACCAUCAAGAAUCAAUCAGAUGUUUGCUUCUAGAGCAUGUCGGAAAUCUAUCAUGAUUGGAACUUCUCUAACAAUACCAAUGAUGAAAAAACUAGUUAUGCAUAUGGGUGAGAUAGAACAACCAUGGAAUUGUCCUCAUGGCAGGCCAACAAUGAGACAUCUGUUCAACCUUAACCUUUUACAAUCACCUUAAAGGUUAUUCAAAACUGUUGACAUGAUUUAUGGCUGAGUAUUGCAGUUCAUUCAGAGGGUCAAGAAAUCUUGUAAAACAAUAAUUAUAAUAAUGUCUGGAACAGUACAAUUAUACUGCCAGGAAUCUGGAAAUUGAAUGUGAAUCAUUAAAUUUUAUUGCAAUACUGAA